AUGGGUGGUAACCAUGGUCGUCUUAUGGUUUUUAUCGUGCUCUGUUUCUUCACAAGAAGCGAGUCAUGGAAUUGGUUCUCAUCAUUAUCAUCAACCUCCGGAAGGACCCAUUGUGGAUCAAACACAGUGAGAGGUUCAGUUGCAGAAUACUCAGCGGAAGGUUUAAAUGACGAGAGGGGAAUAAAGUUAGUGGAGAACGCAAAGGAGAAAAUGGUGAGAUCAAACUGGUGUUGGCAAAACGCAUAUAAGAAUGUAUUUGCAGGGUGUUCUGAGAUUCUAGCAGAUGAAGAGAAACGUUCAAGACUUGCUUGGCAUCUCAGUGAUUGCUUCCAAAGAGACUCUGGUCGGCCUCAUUUUCCACAUUGUGAUGCGAAAUCACCCAUGUCUAGUUGCCUCAAAGCUCUCGAUGAUCUUGCCCACAAAGUCUAUCUUGAGUUCUAUCUCGAAACCAACACAAUCUGCCAUCAGUUGCAAGCUCACGCCUUCAAACACGAGACAGAGAGACUCAUCACAGGCCUCAAAAUUUCAGCCCAUACAUCGUACGAAGGUUUUGAUGAGGAAUUCAGAGAGCAUAUAUUUGAGCAGGGGAAGAAAAUUGCAGACUCACAAUUACAGUUUGCGGAAGUACAAGAGGAUAUGAAGAUGAGAUUUAAGGAAGGGAUUGAGAUUCUGAAAGAGUCGCAGAAUAAUUUAGGGGAAGAAAUAGGGAAGAUAAGGGAUGAAUCCAUUGAGAUUCAGAAGGAGAUCAUUAAAGUUGGAGACACAGUGUCACAAGAGAUGCAAAGUCUUCAUAGUAAAACUGAGAAUAUUGUUCACUUGGCUGCUAUUUCCUUGGACAAACAACAACAUCUCAUUCAUGGCCAAUCCAAAGCACUCGACAACCUCAAUUCAUUAUCUGAGUUCCAAUCAAAAGCACUCACGAAACAAAGGUUGACUUUCCAACAGCUUGCUGAGUUUGGACAGAGACAUCACCAAGAGCUUCUUCUUCGACAGGAACAAGUUCAAGGACUUCAUGAUCGUUUAAUGACGAAUUCAAAAUCAAUACUUGCUGCUCAAGAAUCUUUUGAAUCAAAACAGGCUAGCAUGUUCGCUGCGUUGGACAAGAUAUUUUCUCUGCAGAAUGCUAUGUUUGUGGAAUCACGAAUGAUCAAAGCUUUUAUUGUUUAUUUUGUGUCCAUUUUUGUCAUCUAUAUGUUGACCAGCACGAAGCAGACGUACAAUACCAGGCCGUGGCUGUAUAUUGGACUUUGUGUUGUGUUCUUAAUGGAAAUAAGCAUCGUUCGUUUCACCAGCGGUAACAUUGAACAACAGGCUUGCAUCAUUAGUAUCAUCAGAUCAGUUUUCAUGAUCAUCGCUUCUGCUCAACUUAUCUACGCCAUUUUCACUUACAGAGAUUAUGAAGUUUUGAACUUUCACUUGCUGCGCGAUCUAGUUGAUAGGGUUACCAUCAUGGAACAGCAAAAGAAAAAACUGGCUUGGGUGAUGGAUGAAGAAGAAGAAGAAGAUUUGGAAUGGUCACGAUGGAUUGAUACAGAUUUGCCAGAGGAAGUGAAUUGUAUUGAAGAUCCAGAUUUUAUAUUUCCAGAGGAAGAAGUUGGGGAGAAUUCCAUUACUGUGUCUUCCAGGAAAUAUAAUUUACGAAGUCGGAGAAGCCAUUAUGGUUGAUUUAAUUAAAUUGACAGGGGAUGAGCACUUUCAUGUUUUGUGAUGAGAAAAUAUGUAAUGUGUAUUCUAUUUAAG